GGCGGCUUUAGGGGUGUGUUUGGGUCUCAUUCCUGAUGCCUUCAUGGCUCGUGACCCUUAUGCGCCAAGGUGAUUUUUUGCGUUAGAAUUUGACAGGGUCCUUUCACCUUUUACUCACACUUUCGUUUACUCACCUUUCAUUUCCUUGUUUAUCGGCGGACUUAUUUCGGAAUUCGAACCUAGGAAGUAUCGGCGGGCUGAGCGCUCCGCGCUGACGCUGACCGACGGCAUGCUGCUGGAGCCCUUCUCAAUCACCGACCCCACCGUCUACUCAACAGGCGGUGCCCUCUUCGCCUGCGGAGUGCUGGCGUCGGCCGCCGGCAUGGGCGGCGGGUGAGACAAAGACAAAGACAAACAUGCCGCGUGCAGUGCCACUCCAUCUCACUGGUGCCAUGUGUUGUAUGCAGUGCCUUUUAUGUGACGAUACUCAUGUUUGUCGGGGGCAUAACGCCGCACGACGCCGUGCCGAUAUCCAAGGUGAAUGAUUAAGGAAGGAAGGAGGUCGGCCCGACGUCUCCAGCUGCUGGGCGUGUGGCCUUGCUUUCUUUCAGGGGGUCAUCUUUCUGGGAUCUCUGACGGCACUGUCGUACAAUGUGCUCAAGAGACAUCCUGUGGAAGGGGGCUCGAUCAUCGACAUGGUGCGCGAGAGGACGAUUCACCCGCUCUGCAGUGUAUUUGUUGGUGGCCUUGACUUGGAUCUGCAUGCAGAAGUUGGUGCAGAUGACCGUCCCUUUGGCACUCGGCGGCACCAUGUUCGGUGUCCUGCUUCUCAACCUCACUCCCGCGUACCUGCUCACGGGCAUUCUGGCCGCCAUUGUCACGUUCGUGACAUUCAAGACAUUCAGAGGAGCCCUCAACGCCCACAUGCAAGAGAAGAUGUCUUCCCUUUCCAGCAAGGACGAGGCAGAGGACAGCAGGCGCUACACGGUCCCGCAUUUCAAUCGAGACGAGCUCGAGGAGAGAAACAGUCUGAGCUCGCCCCUGCUCGGCCAUGGCCCUCUCGACUCUGCUCUGCAGUCGUCUCGUGUCAUUGUGGACUGCCUCCUUAUGAGCCUUCUACUGGUGGCUGUCAUUCUGCUGGGCUACAGUUCGCGUCAGUAUCCCCACUCCCGACACGCCGCGAAAAUUAGAGGAGGAAUGUGCUUUGCGGCCUUUCUGCUGUCUGUGUGGCUGCACGGGUACUUUGUGGUGAAGAUAUUGAAAGAGGGAGGCGAGGAUUGGACGCUCCCUCGCUGCUGCAUCUACGGGCUAGUGGCUUUCGUUGCCGGCAUCUUUUCGGGGCUCGUCGGCAUCGGGUAAGCCACUCAGCGAGUGACGGGCCGCCACCGCUUCAUGUCUCACCAUCCAUGUCGAUUAGCGCUGGGAUUAUCUUUUCUCCCUUCUUCCUGCUAAUGCAUGUCGAGCCCCUGUCAGCAGUGGCGUCGGCGGCCACCUGCGUGCUCUUCACCAGCACCUCCACCACAGCCCAGUACGCCCUUAUGGGGCGGAUACCCUUCGAUCGCGCGGUUGUCUACGGCAUCGUGGCGGCCGCGUCGUCUUCUCUCGGUGUGCGGUGGGCGGCAUCGCUGACGAGACACAGACGGCGGUCGUACUUGAUCUUCAUUGUGGCGAUUGCGAGCGGCCUGAUGGCGGUCCUGCUGGUGGUCAAGGUGGUGAUUGAUGUCGCCCCGGGGGUUGAUUGGGGUGAUUGGGGGUUAGAAGACGCUAUGAAAUAGCGCUUACUGGAUGCUGAUUGACCUGUCGAUGAGACAAUCAAAAUUGAAUGACGACAAGCACACGAAUCAAGUCGACCUGAUGUCACGUGCACCGCACCUAGUCAACGGAGGUAGGAGUCGAUGGCGCACUGCCACACACGCACGAAUCCAAAAACACGCAGAUGUACACGUCUCAAAGCGAGGCAAUGUCAGUUGUAUCCCUUUACCCGUUCUUCCCCGAGCAGCCCCCUCGUACAGAACGCGUACAAACGGUCAAUGAUGUGAAUGCGAGUAUAUCAACAGCG